CUUCUAAAAACAUAAAGUACUGAACACUGACAUAUCUAGAUAUUUAAAAAGUCAUAUGUAUGGAUGCCCUAUGUACAUGAUGGAUUCAGCACUUGCCUGGUGGAUACUUUUUUCCUGUCUGAUCGAGCAGGUGCAUUUAGAGCCUCAACUAUCAAAGCAAGAAUUUGUUCUCUUGGCUGUGGAUAAAGACCCAAAAUGUUUCACCAGGAAUCUAGACGAUUUCACUUGCUUUUGGGAAGCGCCUGCUGGAAAGUCCUAUUAUUUUGUCUACAUAAUAUCAUCAAAAGAAAAAAUAUGUGAUGUGAAACAGCAAUCUUAUGAGGAGAAAAAGGUCCUGAAUAUUUGCACAUUCCCAUCAAUCGAUGUCUUCACGUAUGUCGAGAUGCUCCUCAGAGUGAUAGACAGAGAUACCAACACAACCAUCUACAAUCGCACCGUCAGUGUGGAGGAUCAGCUUUUUCUGUAUCCUCCAACAAAUAUUUCCCUUCAUCCCACUGGCGACGUCGGCCAAAUGUUAGUUGAAUGGAAAAAAACUAAAAGCUUUCCAAUGACCAUGCAGUAUGAAAUUCAUUACAGAUCCAAACACACGUCAGGCACAGUUAAACUGGUGUCAAAACACUCCCACAAGCUUGUGUCUCUGGUCGCAGGAGAAAACUGCACAGUGCAAGUGAGAGUCAAGGCUGGACGUGGUUUUUGGAGUGACUGGUCAAGUACUGUAACAGCUAUGGUGCCACAAACAGCAGGUGAUAUAAAGUUGCGGUGCCACACUCCAGAUCUGCAUCAAGUAUUUUGCCAAUGGAGAGGAGACAUUUAUGACGACGGCGGAUACAGCUUCCACUACAGGCAAAUAAACAGAAGUCUGUGGGAUAGCUGGAAAUUGUGUUCCAGGGACAACGACACCGUCCAUCAAUGUGUCUUGUAUGGGCAAGAGCCCAGUAUCUAUCAGUUUUACCUCAGUGUUGGAUUGCAACCAUUCGGUCGAACAUUUUACGCAGAAACAUUCAGUAUGAACAGCAGCAUCAAGACAAGGCCUCCAGAAGGUCUGAAGGCACAGACCAAGGAAGGACGGCUUUGUUUGAAAUGGGAUUCGCCCAUUUUGAAGAUCUCGCAGUAUCUAAAGUACCAGAUUCGAUAUCAGCGAGAAGGAGAGAGUGAGUGGAAAGAUUUUACAACACCCAGUUCCAAGAGCAGCACUUGCCUGGAUGUACACAGAGGGAGCCAAUACACUAUCCAGAUUCGAACCCAACCCGAUGGAACGGUGUACAGCGGAGACUGGAGUGACUGGUCGAAACCUCUCACCGCCCUCUUACCUUUAGGCAAAGAGUGGAUCUUCAUUGUCUGUAUACCAGUGGCUCUGCUCAUCAUUGCUUCUGCAACGAUCUCCUUCUUUUCCCGAUACUUCCGAAAGUUCAAAAAGUCCUUAUGGCCAUCAGUCCCAAACCUUAACAAGGUGCUGGAAAGCUUCAUGACCGAUAUCAAUGGAUCACAUUGGGAGCCAACCUUCAACACCAAGCAAUGUGACGAUGAAACUGCUACAUCAGUGUUGGAGAUUCUGCCCGAGAAAGAAACUUCAGUAAAAUCCUGUAAGAAGUCCACCUGUCUUUCUCUCCCUGAUCGUGGCUUCUUAGCUGAUGUAAAAAAUAAGGAGAAUUUCAGAGAGGAUUUGGAGAUGGCUCAAGAUUAUGUAAUUUUGAACAAUGAUACGAUCCCAUGCUUUACAGGGAAUGACUAUGUGUAUGGGGAUGCUGCUUUAUCUCAUCUGGCUAAUGAAAAACUACACUGUUGCCCCAGUACCUGUUCUACCACCUUCCCAGAAUGCAGCACAAAUAUUCUCAACCAUUCCUAUCUCCUUCUGGCGGAACAGUCUGAUCUUGAAGAGUAUCACUCAGCCUGUCGCCAGUAUACCAAUAUGGAGAUCACAGCAGAAGCGUAUGAAGCAAAUGGAGAGUGAGGUUCUCAUAAAUUAAGCUCAUAAGCCUCUAUAUGUAUAUAUAAAGUUUUGGAUAAAAUCUUACAAAUUCCAAGUUUCUGUGGAAUGAGAGAAGCAGCAUGUGAGACUCUAAGAAACAGACGUUUUAAGUAGAAAUUGUUCAAUGCAUGAACCUUAAUCAUCACCAAGAAGGAACUGCACUUAAGUUUCAUCAUACCACAAACCAAAUCAUUCAAGAAUAUCUAGACAUGCCAAAUGUCAGACCACUGGCUUGCAAAAGAAUAAUAAGAAAGUAAACGUGCAUCAUAUAAAUGGUAUUUUCAAAUUUUAGGUUACCAAAAACACCAUCAAUGGCAUGUUAUCAAAGUACAACUUGCUUAUCGGUUUGCAAACUCAAACAUGUACAUUAAUGGGUGUCAGUGGGGUAUUUUGUGACUUCAAAAGCGAAAAUGUGACAUUUGUUUUCUUUGAUGAGGCUUUUAGAUUUUUUAGUCAAAUAUUUACUUCAAAGUUGUGGGAGUACUUUUAUAGACUAACACCUUGGUUGUGUUCGUGGACUAUAAAUAUUUUUUCCUGGUACUUAAAUUGAUAUCAUACAAAUGUUAACAGGUUUUUAUGUUAAUGGUUGUACUUUGCACAGACAAUUGCUGGUAAACACAUUUAUCACACCGGUCUUAUGUUAAUGUGAUGGGUGUGAAAGCGUUUUAAUUAGUAAGAUUUUUUUGGUAAUUAAGGAUGUUACUGGUAUUUUGAAUAGCGCUUAAGCGUGAUUUAACCCUUAAUAUUCAUUAACUUGCAUUUUAGCUAUAUAUGUUUUAGUGAAUCUUUAGCAAUUACUAUGCUUGUUAUAGUCGCAAUAUGUUAUCUGAAAUACUGAUUACGAAGCAAUUUAUGUCUCACGAUGAGGUCUGAUCAGUAAAUAGCUUUAUUGUAUCAAGACAUCACAAGUACAAUCUGAAAAAUAUCCAACAAUAUUGUGCAUAUUAUGAAGAAUUGUACAUUUUACAGUCAUUAAAUGAUAAACAUCAAA